AGUAGACACAUGAUUAUUACCUUUAUGGAAAUAUCGUUUCUACACGAUUCAAGAUAGCAUUUUUAAAAUAAUUAGAUUCCUUUAUUAUUUUAAAAUGACGGAAAACGGAGUGUUUCCAAAGAUGACUAGAUCAGCUUCUGACAGGUGAUUUUGUUAUUUAAAUAAGUAUCCAAAUAAUAAUUAAGUCUUAUAUUUUAUUGUAAUUAUUUAUUAAUGAAAUUUUUGCAGGACUCUCGACUGUACUAGACUGUAGUAGUAGUGUGAGUAGAUCUACAUUUAAUGUGGACCAAGUCUUGCCAGUCUAAGAACCAAGGAAACAGAAUUAACAAGGGUCGCUUUUAUAAAACAUUAAUAUCUUGCCCACAUAGCCUAUAUUAUGAAGUUUCGGAAGAAAGCUCCUUAUGUCUUAUAUUUCGGAAGAAAGCCCCUUAUGUCUUAUUUAAUAAGGUAAAUAUGGGAUGAAUAUGGUUAUGGUAAAUCGGGCACCAGUUUCAGUGUUUUUUUAAUUUUAUUUUUUUAAUUAUAAUUUCUUCUCAACCAAGCACAACUCAAAAUGUUAAAACUGUGAGUACUGAGAAUAUAGAAGUUGGAAGAAACACAGUAAAUGUGUAGUUAGUGGCAUAGGUUUUGCCGAAAUGUGUCCCCCACCACACACACCCCCCCCCCCCUUAGUGCAGUGACUCUUUGGGGAAUCUCAAGUCUCAAAAUUGAAUUUAGUGUGACAGGACCAACAGUUGGUCCUGAAUAAUGAGGUCCUGAAUGAUGAGAAUGAUUACUUUCCCCAUCUUCUAAGACUAAGAGCAUUAUUCCGGUCAAAAACAUUAUCUGACAAUCAAUACAGUUUUAUUAAAAUUCAACUUACAAGUUUCAAAAGAAAUGAAAAGAGAAGAUCUUCCUUGCUGAUACCCCAAGGCCAAGAUGAACACUGGAAAAAAAUAUGUGCAUGGUUAAAAGUGCUGUUUUUUUUAUUGGUUUAAAAUGAAAUACCUGUAUGCUAUUCAUUUAUUAAAUUAACAAUAAUGUCGCAAUUUAAUGGUACAUUUCACCAUAAAUUUCUGGGGAGGGGACACCAGCCCCCACCCCCGUUAAAAUAUGGAAAUAAGAAACAAAAUAAUUGCUGUGUGGUGGGAGGGACCCUCCCCAGAACCACUCCCCCCUCUUUUAGGGGGAAAAAAAAACAAAAUGAAGAAAAAACAUGUAUCAAAUAAAUACAGAGCUGAAUUCCAAAAUCUUUUGAGAAACAGAACUAUGGCCAGUAGUUGACCUGGGUAAGCUUUAUGACCUACAUACUGUGGAAAACAUCGCCAGCCCUGCCGCAAACUACAUUUUAGCCAGUACAUUAACAUUCUUCUUACUCAACUAUAACGCAUUGCAAUGUCUUGACACAAAGUAAAAAAUCGAUUGGACUUAGUUACCUAAUAAUGCCUAAAAAAUAAAAUGUCCUAUACAUGUAAACAUGUUUUUAUUUUAUUGUUUAAGUGGCAGUGGUGAGGAUAUGGAUGAAACAAAAAGUGGACAUGAAAUGACUCCACUUUCAGUGUCAACUGAUUUAGGACCAGCCAGUCCUAAUGGACCACUGAGGACACCUAAAAGCCCAUCAAAAAUAUCUAUCAAGAAAAGACUAAGGGCACCUCCAGGUGCAGCCAAACCCGAAGAGACAAGAGUUCUGCACACACAUGGCAGAAGAACAUUGUAUACAGCCGGCCGACCUCCUUGGUACAAUAAAGAAGGCCAGUUGAAAGAUGCAUUUGUGAUAGGUAUUAAGCAAUUACCAUUGUUUUCUUUUGAUGUAUUUCAUGGCUUUUAAAGCUAUUAAUAUUUUGUGCGUGUUUAUUAUUUAAUAUUAUAAACGCUAAUAUAUUGUUAAGAGUAGGUCCAUUAUUAUUUUUUUUGCCUUUAUUUUUCUCUAUAUUUGUAAUUACUUAUUCAACGGGUAGAAACAAUAGCCACAUCUGCACUGCUCCUCCCACUUUGGGACCAAGUCAUGUAGACGCAGCUUUUGAAAAAGUUGCCCUUAUGUCUUCCAGAUUCAACACAUUGCCUUUCCUAAGGGUAGUUUUCAGAUAAGGGACAGUUCCUUUGUACUAGCUGCAAUGUUGUCUAUGCCAUUGUUUGUAAAUACUGACAGAUGGUUAUCUAUGUAAGACUGGACGGAAUCUCUCAGACAUAUGUACCGAGAACAUUCAAAAUAUUGUGCAAGACAAACAGUGUCCUAUCUCAAAAUACUUCAGUAGAAGCAACAACAAUGGCCCCAGAGACCUGCCUAUCACCUCCUUUGUGUCUUGUACAAACAUGCCGGCCAGGGUGAACUUAAACAACAAACUGAUUCAGACUUAUGGGACCUUGACACGACAUGGCAUAAAUGUCAUGUUCUCCUUCACUUGUUAAAUCUUCUCUCCACCCCCUCCUUGUUACAAACAAUUGCAGUAGACUUACUUUUCCUCUCUUCUGGCCUCUAUUUCCUAUAUUAACUCUCUUACCUACUAAUGUUCUAACGCAUUCCUCUCACUGUCUCAGAUACUUAGAUUACAGCUAAGUGUUUAUUUUAAUUGUUAAAUUUUUUUUAUUGUUGUUUUGUAGGUCAAGAAGGCUUCUUGUCGACAAGUUUGUUGUUUUAUUGUGUCCUUUUUUUCUGGUUUUCCCAUAUUUUUCUUCACUUAUUUCCUUCUACCUAACCUGAUUGCAGCUUCUUUCUCCUCCUUAUUAUUAUUUAAUUAAUAUGUAGAUUUUAGAUUUUGUAAACACUAAACAGAAAGAUUCUUGUAACAGGUUUAUGUGGAGGCAGUGCUUCUGGAAAAACAACUGUUGCAAGGAAAAUAAUUGAAGCACUUGAUGUUCCUUGGGUCAGUUUGGUCAGCAUGGAUUCAUUCUAUAAGGUGAUCAUUGACUUAUUUAACUGACAAUGUGUUGUUUUUUUUUAAUUUUCUAACUUCAUUCUAGCAACUGUGGCUUUGCUAGGAAGUCUGGGCGUUAUCUAUUUUUGCCUUUAUUAUCCAUUUUUAAUCUCAUGCCAAGUUGGCUGCUGUCUUUCCUUUUGACUUUGAUAGUUGAGGUUUUUACACAGGCUUUCCUUCUUCCAGAAGAAUAGCUGCCCUACAUGGUUAAUAAAACCAUUAUUUUACAUAUAGCUGGGGUCGACCCCCAAUCAAAUUCGAACCCACUACCUCCUGGUCACAGUGAGCAGUUUUACCAUUGAACCGCAGGGCCAAAGACAAAGUCAUUAAAUUUAAAAGAUAUUCAAGUUUUAUUAUUUUAAUUAAUGCUUUAGUAAAGAAUGGUGAAGAUAUGAUUUAUUUAAUUAUAUUUUCCUUAAAAAAAAUUAAUGGUGGAUGACUUACUCUGGCAAUCCAGUAUUACCAACUUGACUGGUUUGUGUUGUUAAUAUGAUAAAAGAUCCUGUUAAAUGAUUAUUUCUUAACAUUGGGCUAGAAGUUAUCAGCUUGUAAACAUUUUUUACGUUGUAACAAUUAAUCAACAUUUUUUAUGAAAUUUAAAAUUUAUUAUAUAUUUGAACAAUGGUUUUAAAAUUAGGUAAACUCUUUUGUCUUUGUUUUCUAACAGUUUUCUGCCGAUAUAUGCUAGCACUAUCAAUGUAUGAUAUAUAUAGUAUUACUAACAGUUUAUGAUAUAUUCUAGUACUGACAGUGUAUGAUAUAUUUUAGCUCUGACAGUCUAUAAUAUAUUCUAGUACUGACAGUCUAUGAUAUAUUUUAGCUCUGACAGUCUAUGAUAUAUUUUAGCUCUGACAGUCUAUGAUAUAUUUUAGCUCUGACAGUCUAUGAUAUAUUUUAGCUCUGACAGUCUAUGAUAUAUUUUAGCUCUGACAGUCUAUGAUAUAUUUUAGCUCUGACAGUCUAUGAUAUAUUUUAGCUCUGACAGUCUAUGAUAUAUUUUAGCUCUGACAGUCUAUGAUAUAUUUUAGCUCUGACAGUCUAUGAUAUAUUUUAGCUCUGACAGUCUAUGAUAUAUUUUAGCUCUGACAGUCUAUGAUAUAUUUUAGCUCUGACAGUCUAUGAUAUAUUUUAGCUCUGACAGUCUAUGAUAUAUUUUAGCUCUGACAGUCUAUGAUAUAUUUUAGCUCUGACAGUCUAUGAUAUAUUCUGUGACUAGGUAUUAUCUCAUGAGCAACAUGAGCGGGCCAUCAGAAAUGAAUAUGACUUUGAUCACCCUGAUGCUUUUGAUUUUGACCUGGUCAUCUCAACAAUCCAGAGGCUGAAGGAAGGCAAGAGUGUAAAUGUGCCCAUCUAUAACUUUGCCACUCAUGCAAGGGAGAGAAAUAUGGUACUGUUUUAGGAUAAAAAAUGUUGUUGUUUUUUUUUUGUUGUUUUUUUAAAUUAUCUAUUUAUACAGCUAUAUUUGCAAAUAGUAUCUAUUGUUAAAUUUAACCAUGAAUUCUUUCAUGUAUUUUUAAAUUAUUUUUUGUUUGUUUCAGAAAAUCAUUUAUGGUGCUAAUGUUGUUAUAUUUGAAGGCAUUAUGGCAUUUGCUAACGCUGAACUACUCAAGGUUAGUAAAGGCGGUCCUCAAGUUACUUUGGACACGACUUAGGGCUCUUCGCGGUUGCUCUGCCAUCUCCCAUUAAUUUAAAUUUAUUAAAAAGUCUUAUUCUGAUGUUCGGCGCUUUGCGACAUAAUGGCAAAGUUCGCACGGGAACUAGUUGGUGAGCAGAGUGGAUGAUACAUCAUCUCGCAGCGCUAUACUAAGAAGACUGGAUUGUUCAUUUGACGGCUGUAUGUCAUUUUUAAUUGUGUUACAUUUUAAAAAACAUUUUGCUCUUCAUUAUGGCUCCUAAGAGUAAGGCAGGCUAUUCUGAUGGCAAUGCUUCAAAGAAAAUAAUGAACGUCACCUUCAUGGAAGUGAAAGUUAAUGUAAUAAAACGCUCAGAAAAGGGCAAAACACAGAUGAACGGGGGGGGGGGGGGGCUCGUCCUUGGCCUAAGUCAUACCACUGUCUUGACAAUCAUCGGCUGUCUUGACAAUCAUCGGCAAUGAAAAGCAUAAUCUUGAAAAUGUAAAAGGAUUUGCUCCUCCUAUGAAAUCAAUUGUGAUUACAAAGCAGUGUAGUAGUCUCAUUAUUGAGAUGGAAAGAUUAUUAGUGCUUUGGCUGGAAGACCAGCGUCAACGGCAUAUCCCAGCGAGCCUUAUGUCGAUUCAGGAGAAGGCUUAAUGUUUGUUUCAGACUUUAAAAGAAAAAGAGCUGGAAGGGAUUGAAAGUAAAGAGUUUGUGCAUCACCUUAAGGUUUAAGGGGAAGCUACCAGUGGUGAUGACAAAGCAGCAAGAGAUGCACUUAGUGCAUUGGCAGAGAUAAUUAUGGAGUAGGGUAUCUGGGCCGUACAAGCGUUUGAUGUGGAUGAGAUAUGCUUGUUCUGGGAGCAUAAUACCUACCUGGCAUUGCAUAAAUUGCCAAGAAGGGAAACACAGCACCAGGCCAUGAAGGCAACAAGGAGAGACUGACUUUGCUUCGUGGGGCUGAUCCUGCUGGGGACUUCAAGGUGAAGCCCUUGUUGGUGUAUCUGGUUGAGAAUCUAAGGGCAUUGUCAUCUGGAAGUCUCUCAAUAAGGCAGGGGUGAAUCUUCAGAUAUAUUAGAACUGGUUGACCAACCAUUUUGUGCCAAAAGUGUGCUUUGAAAGGCCUACCCUUUAAUGUGUUGCUAGUGCUGGGCAGUGCCUCUGGUCACCCUGCCCAUCUGGAUGACUUUCAUAUUAAUGUCAAGGUGGUUUACCUUCCACCCAAUACAUCAGCAUCAUUAGUGGCUCCACAGCAAGGUGGUUUACCUUCCACCCAAUACAUCAUCAUCAUUAGUGGCUCCCCAGCAAGGUGGUUUACCUUCCACCCAAUCCAUCAGCAUCAUUAGUGGCUCCACAGCAAGGUGGUUUACCUUCCACCCAAUACAUCAGCAUCAUUAGUGGCUCCACAGCAAGGUGGUUUACCUUCCACCCAAUACAUCAUCAUCAUUAGUGGCUCCACAGCAAGGUUGUUUACCUUCCACCCAAUACAUCAGCAUCAUAAGUGGCUCCACAGCAAGGUUGUUUACCUUCCACCCAAUACAUCAGCAUCAUUGGUGGCUCCCCAGCAAGGUGGUUUACCUUCCACCCAAUACAUCAGCAUCAUUAGUGGCUCCACAGCAAGGUGGUUUACCUUCCACCCAAUACAUCAUCAUCAUUAGUGGCUCCACAGCAAGGUGGUUUACCUUCCACCCAAUACAUCAUCAUCAUUAGUGGCUCCACAGCAAGGUGGUUUACCUUCCACCCAAUACAUCAGCAUCAUUAGUGGCUCCCCAGCAAGGUGGUUUACCUUCCACCCAAUACAUCAGCAUCAUUAGUGGCUCCACAGCAAGGUGGUUUACCUUCCACCACAUCAUUAUCAUUAGUGGCUCCACAGCCCAUCUAGGGCCUGGCCUGCUCCCUCACAUCCUUCCAUUCGGAUCAAUCUUUCUGCAUCCAUGCUGUGAACCCCCAGCUGGUGGAAGUCCUUCUCUACAUCAUCGAUUCAUCUCAGCCUUGGGCGACUGUGAAUCGUCUGCCCCUAGGUUUCUGCCUGUAUAUCACUUUUGCUCCUCUACAUUCCGGCAUCUUUUCAAUAUGUCUGCCCAGCGCAGUCCUUUUUUAUUGUUGUGACUAUGGGUGGCUCUUUAUAAAAUUGGUAUAGCUCUUGUUUUGUACAGAUUCUCUAGACAUAAUUUUCUAUCACUGGACCAUAUAUUUUUCUGAGGAUUUUCCUCUCCCAUGUAUUAAGAAGGUUCUCUGCUUUUCUGGUUAGGGUAAAAGUGUCACCAGCGUAAGUUACAACCAAUCGUAUGAUAGAAGUGUAUAUUGUCGUCUUUGUUCCCCUUGAGAGGUUUUUGUUUCCCAGUAGCCUUUGUAGGCUGAAAUAGGAACGGUUGCCUGCUGUUAUCCUUUCUUUCACCUCCGACAUUAUUUCAUUGUGCUCGUUUAUGGUCGCCCCCAUGAUACUUUAAAGCUACCACUCUUUCAAAGAUGGGGUGUUUAUAUUGAUGUUUUCAUCAGCGUGCCUGUUUCGUGACAUUAUCAUAUAUUUUGUUUUCGCUUCAUUUAGAUCAAGACCAGCUUUGACUGAGGCAUUUUCAACUUACAUGAAUGCUUUAAUUAUGUCAUUACUCAUGAGCAUUUCUGCCUAGUAGCGCUAUGUCGUCUGCGUAUUUCAGGUCCUGCAAUGGCUGGCUAUAUAAGGUUCCUGAUGGUUGUUGUUCUGUAGUACCUCGCCGGAAGUAGCUUGUAAUGGUUCCACUGGUGCUUACCUGUAUGCUUCUAAUAAGGUUUUCUAGCAUGAUGUUAAACAGGAUACAUGAUAGUGAAUCUCCUUGUCUGAGGUCCUGAUUAGCUGGGAACUCCCUUGAAUAUUCUCCCUGCACCUUAUUUCUACUUUAGCCAUCGUCAUAUGUAUGAGCCGAGUAAGCUUGUUAGGGACUCCAAGUUAUUGUAGAUUGUUCUAUAAAUAAUUCCUGUCUUCACUAUCGUAUACUGUUUUUUAAUCCACAUAUAGUUGGACUAUGUAGAUGUUAUAUUUAUAGCAUUUCUCCAGGAGACAUCUAGUAGUAAAAAUAUGAUCCGUGGUUGACCUAUUCUGCUGGAAUCCACAUUUAUAGUCCCCUAGGAUCUGUCCACAUACUGUUCCAGUGUUCUUGCUAUAAGUUUUGUGAGGAUUUUGUACAUUACAUUAAGGAGGGAGAUUCCUCUAUAGUUUAAGCAGACCAACUUUGCUCCUUUUUUGUGAAUUAGGAUUUUUCCUUGUGCCAGAUUCUGGAUAUGGGGUUGUGUAUUUGGCUAUGCAGUUCGUAUCCACCUAGUUUUAUCAGUUCUGCAGAGAUAAGGUCUAUUCCUGGGGCUUUGUUAUUUUUCAUGGUAAUGUUCACAUCUUUUAUUUCAUUUAAUGUUGUUUGAUUGACCGGUGGGUCCGGUCCUCCUUAUGGUAUAUAGAGCGUAAUCCUCAUUGGUUCCUCCACCUGACCCAUUCAGUAAGCCUUCAAAGUGUUUUGCCCAUCUCUCUAGUACUCUACUGCUCUCUGUGAUCAAUUCUCCAUCCGUGCUUUCACACAUGUGUGAUCUUGCUUGAAAGCCAUUCUUUUCCUUCUUUAUCUUCAGGUACAUUCCCCUAACAUCUCUUUCUUUUGCCAACUCUUCUAUCUCUACUAUUUUUUUAUUUUUCCUCAACACAUUUUUUUCUUUCUGCAUAUUUUGCUAGCCACCCUUCUUUUUUCGUUAAAUAAUAGCCAUCUUGUCUCCCUUUGCAGCAUCAUUAGCCAAGCCUUGUUUCUUUGUUCUAUAAGUUCUUUGCCUUCUGCGUCGUACCAUCCUGUUCUUUUCACUAUCGGUUUAAAUCCAAUCGUUUCCUCUGUUCCUUAUGGAUCAUAGUCUUUCACUAGCUGGUUUAAACCCAAUGACUGCAUUUGCUUUCUCUCUUUUGACUACAAACCCUGUUCCUAAGGUGUUUGCGUUGUUUCCACUGUAGAAUAUUGUAUACUCAUUAGUACUUAGGAUAUCUGAGUCUCACCAUCUGAUCUCCUGCAGUGCCGCAACCAAUAUUCUAUAUCUUAACAAUUCGUCACAGAGGUGGACCAAUGCUCCCGCUCUGUAUAGUCUAAGUACAUUCCAGGUCGCUAUCCGUAUAUCAUAUUUUUGUUCAGGCAUGGGUCGAUAUCCAAAAUGAUCAGUCCGUUUUUUUUGUAAGAGGUUUAGCUUUCGUAAAAUUUGAUUUUUUACAUGACGGGGUCUCAGGGUAGCUGCCUUUGUAUUGGGUCCGAUCCCUCCACUUCCUACAAGGCAGAAGUACUGAUUUUGGUCCGCCCCGGGUAUUUUUUUAUCCCAGUACCCGCCAAAUCUGGUGGGCUUUCCCUUAUCCGCCACCUGGGGAGGCGCUCGAUGGAAGAUCAGUAUCUCCUCACGAGAUAUGUUUUACAGUGGAAAUGUAUUUUGCUAAUAUUUCCAUUAUGAGAAUGAAAGGAGUGCCCUCCGUCAAAGACAAAGUGUAUGUUUUUUUUUUAAAGAGAAUUCAACUUUACAUACAUAACAAGCCUUUACUUAUUUGAUAACAUUUAAAGUUAAUUAGUAUUUUAUAUAAUUUUCAUAAAUGAUCUAGUUAGGAUUAUUAAUUGUUUUCUCAGUCUUUAUACGAAACUCAUACCGGUAUUUAAUGUAUUUUCUCUUCUUUUAGAAAUAUUUGAGCCUGAAUGAAAUUAACAUAAAUACUUAUGGUAAUUUUAAAUCCUCAUAUUUCUAAUUAGAAUUUAAAUUAAUGAAAUUUAAAACAUUUUUACUUUCUUUUUCAGCUGAUGGAUAUGCGAGUGUUUGUAGAUACAGAUUCUGAUGUUCGCCUUGCCCGUCGUCUGAGACGUGAUAUUGCAGAAAGAGGUCGGGAACCUCAGGGUGUGCUGAAACAGUACAUGAAGUUUGUCAAGCCUUCUUUUGAACACUACAUAGAACCUUCCAUGCGAUCAGCUGACAUCAUUGUUCCCAAAGGAGGAGAAAAUAACGUUGCCAUCAAUUUAAUUGUCUUACAUGUCCACAAUCAGCUUCAAGCAGUAAGAACACAAAUGUAGCCCUACCUUAUGUUAUGUACAGUUUUACAAUUUUAAACAACUUAAGCUUUAUAAAUGCACUAAAUGCUGAAAAUGGAACCAAUUAAUAUCUAUUAUCUUAGUUUUACAAAAAAUAGGGGAUAGACAAAAACACCGGCAGGUGCUUAAGUUGUGUACUUAAAAUGUAUAUUUUUUUUUAGAGAGGCUUCAAAUUGAGAUCCAAACUUGCCCAGUCUUCUCACAAUGGUCAGCCAAUGCCAGGCAGCUUACAUAUUCUGGAGAAAACGCCUCAAGUUAAUGGAUUACAUUCCUUUAUAAGGUUAACAUUGAAAGUUGUAUUUCACAAUAACUGUUUUAAUUAUUGUUUACGGGGGAAAAUUUGAUAGUUAUCAUGUUUACUUUCUUGUAAAUACUUUCAAUGUAAUAGUGUAUCUUGGAGGGUGCAAAGCUCAAAAAAAAUAUUUGUUUAAUAUUACGUUAUAUUCAUAUACCCAACAGCUUUAAAACUAUUACAGAUAUUUUCUACACAAUGCGCUUUAAAUCUUUUCAGAGACAAGAGUACUUCACGUGAUGAAUUCAUUUUCUACUCCAAACGACUUAUGAGAUUGCUUUUUGAAUAUGCCUUAUCUAUGUUACCUUUUAAGGUAAAACCAAAUACAUUUAUUUCAGUUUACCUUUUCUGACUAUUUUUCUUAUUUGGUUUAAAGAUGGUUUGUUUUGUUGUUUUUUUAAAUACAUUAUCAUAAUAUUAAAAACAAAUGGAUAUUCACCUCUAAUUAUAAAAUAAUUUGUAUCUGUUCUCAUCUGUUGUCAAGGAUGUUGUUGUAGAGAUCCAGCCUGGUGUAUUUUAUCAUGGAAAACGUCUUGCUGUUGAUAAGGUUGGUUUACCAAAAUUACCUUUUACAAUGCGGGGCUGACAUACUCAUCUUUAGUGUUGUUAUUGUGCACCUUUUGGACAUAACUAUUCACAUUUCAGUAAAACUGUUUAGUAUGACUGCUUACUACAACCUAUAAUUAUUUUAUUUAGGGGCUUGUUCAGCUUUUAAGAAUGGCACAUUUUUAAGUUAAUUUCAAAUGGGAAAUUUUUGAACAUUUGUUUUAGUUCACAUUUUAGGAUGGAAUUUAUUAUCAAAUAAGCUGUUUCCUAUUAACUAUUGUAAGAAUCUUGAAUAUAAUAUUCACACUUUUCUCUAUUCAAAGGAACAAACAUCAAGUUUGCGAAUAACAUGUAUACAGUCUUAUACUUUUUUCAAAUAUGAAAAUGUACCCAAAAUUGAUCAUAUAGCUCCUAAUUAAAAUUUUUAAAAAUUACAAUUACUCAUGUUAAGUGGUAAAAAUCAAAAGACUAUUAACCACCACAUAAUUUAAUGCUAAGACUCUGUAACAUCAAUGUACCUGCAAAUUUUGAUGGAAACUGUGGGAUGUAUUAUACCCAAGAGUUUUAGUGACUCAACAUGGUUCUAUGGCAACAUAAUGUUCGAUUCACCAUCUUAUGUGAAGACUGAUAGUGACUCAAGACAAAACACUGGGAUAGUAGAUAGAUCAAAACAAUUCCUUCACAUGCAUAACAUAAAAGUGGAUACCAUUAAAACAGGUGCUUGUAACAGCAUCGUCACUCUCUGUGGGUCAGGAUAGCUUUGCUUCCAUUCCGGAGGGAAGGUGUUGCGUUACCUCCCCCCACCACCCAGGGGGUCGUCCAUUCUGGGAAAGCUGGGAUGAAAUAUCGCCUAGGAGCGGCUUUCUCAGGGCCGCGUAGCUAAAAUCGUUGGUAAGGGUUUUAUCCACCACCCAGACCUCAUAUCCAUUAACGGCAACAAGUAACAUGUUAUUGCAUUACUCCCGUUGCGUUGGGAGUCAUGCUAAUGGCCGGGGUUUUUGGCUUCGGGAGAACAAAACCUCCCUACUAGUCUGGCACGCCGCGAAGAGGCAAACCCCAUGUGACACCACCAACUCGCCUCGGCGGUGCGGGUCUCUGACUUAGAGAUGUUCAGUCAGAUCCCCCCAGGUAAUAGCAUCAACAGAUGCUUGUAAUGGCAUCUUAACUUUAUUGAGAACAAUCUUAUAUUAGUUUUAUCAUUGAAAACUGUGUUCACAUUUUUAUUAGAUAGCUGGUGUGUCAAUAUUGAGAGCAGGGGAGACAAUGGAGCAAGCCCUUUGUGAAGUCUGCAAAGAUGUCAGUAUUGGUAAAAUACUCAUACAAACAAACUUAGACACAGGAGAGCCAGAGGUAAUUGUUUUAACACUGUCUUGUACUUGUACAAACUUAAAAUAAAAAAAUUCAAGUCAGUUAUUUACUUUGAAGUUGAAGACAGACAAGGGGUAUUGGCAGCUAUGAUGUUAAGUGUGUUGUGUAUCAUUAUAAUGGCCUUCUGUUUUGUUUAAAUAUUUCUCUGCAACUAAUGAAAGCUAUUGGUCAAUUUCCAAAAGCUUUUUAGAUGCCAAUUUGUGAGACUGCCGGCAAAUGGUGAGCUUUGAAAUCAACAAAGCAAUGUCACAUUAAACCUUGCUGGUGCUCCUUAUAAUUUCAAUUAGAAAUAACUUUGAAAGAUUUCAUUUGUCUACAUUAUCUUAUGAUGUGAUUAAAUAUGGAGAUAAUUUAAAUUUUUUAAUUGUGUAUUUUUUAAAUAUUUUUUUUGAAAUAAAAGGAAUGCCAUCUCAAAUUAUUUUUUUAACCUGACAUUACUAAUUACAGACCUGUUUACUCUCACGAUUUUGGCGUACAAUGUACGAUUUUGAGGCCUAAAUAUUAUAUAUACUGUGUUUUUUUACUAUUCAGAUAAUGUAUUGAACGAUUUUGUGAGGAUAGUGUACGAUUUUAAGAGUUGGAAGGUAAACAGGUCUGUAAUUAGAAAAAAUUUGAGAAAUUUUAUUAAUUUUGUAACCUUGGAGGCAAAGGAACUUUGAAUCAUUUUAAUUUUUAGACUCAACUCACAUUUGAUUUUGAAGAUGCUUAAAAUGUAAAUUUUGCAGUGUCUUUGCAUUUUUAAUUCAUUCUCACUAAAUUUUUUUUCACAUCUUUUCUAAGCUGCACUAUACACGUCUGCCAAGAGACAUCAAAGACCAAUACAUCUUUCUUUUGGACGCCACUGUAGCUACUGGAGCAGCGGCCAUGAUGGCAAUACGAGUCCUCUUAGACCAUGAUGUGCCUGAGGAGAAAAUAUUUCUUUGCUCCCUCUUGAUGGCUGAGUCUGGUGAGCAUUGAAGCAGUUACACUGGCUAUUCAAAGAAAUAUUCUUAUAAAGACAUCAGGCUGAAAGGGCCAAAAUAAACAAUUUAUUUAGAGGUUCAGAUAGAUUAAAAUAAUUUUGAUUAAAUGGAAUGCAAAGAAACUUUUAGACGGAGUUAUGAGCUAACAUAUCCGGGCUAACAUGAUCUUAUUUUAUACUGCACAUCAACAUUUAGCCAUUUCAACGAAAUAUUUUAGAUAAUUUUUGCAUGUCCAAUUUGAUAUGACUUGACAUCCAUCAGGUGUCCAUACUGUGGCCUAUGCAUUCCCCAAAGUUAAAAUUGUAACAACGGCAGUUGACAGGGACGUUAAUGAAUUCUUUCAUAUAUUGCCUGGCAUUGGUAAGAAAUGGCUUUUUACAUAUUAUUUUUAUUUUAGUUCAGAAAAUACUUAUUAUACAGUUGUAUAACAGCGUUACAUUAAAACUCCACAUUUUUAUUAUAAUUCUAAUGUAUUCUAAGCAGAAUUUAAACUAUAUUGUGUUUAUGAUAGAAAGAAACUAACCCUCAUGAUUUCCGUUUUUAAAUAUCCUUCAUUCAUCUUUCAGUAGUAAUUAGUGAUAAAUAUAUUUACCAAAGAAAACUUUUUUUCAGGCAAUUUUGGUGACCGUUAUUUUGGAACAGAUUUUUCUGAUGAUUAAACCAAGAGUCUAUUAUCCAACUUGUAUGAUUUGGGCAGCUUGACAAGCUUAUAAAUCUUCCAGUUCAGACACAAGAUAAUAAGGAACUCUAGAUGUGUUUGUAAACAAACCAGCCUAUAAAGAUGCUAUAGCAAUCUUCAACUUUUUUUUUUUUUGGUUCUGUUUUUUAGCAAACUAAAUCGGUACCACUGUUAAUAAUCCUGACAAUGUUUACAAUUGAAUAUUAACAAAACUUAAGACAAGUGGGGUAUCAUGAGUUUUUAGUGAUUAGUCGCUCUACCCAUCAACUGUAAAUUUAUAAGAUAUCUUAAAAGUAUUGUCUUGCUAAUGUUCUAUUGAUCAGCGUUACGCCACUCAGAGUUGUAGGGAUCAGCGUUACGCCACUCAGAGUUGGUAGGGGACAGCAAUCUUUAGUUUUAAAACUUAUAGCAGUAUUAAGCACCUUAACCAGUUGAAGCAAUAUUUGGUCAAUAAGUUGGUUUCUUUAGCAUUUAUGACUAAACUAAUACAGUAAAGAUGCAUCCCAGCACAAUUCUUCUUUGGAGAGGAACAAAAAGAUUUCAAGAUGAAUCUAAAAUCCUGUUUAAUAAAAUUUAAAAUUAUGCUUUAAGGAAGGUCUCAACAAAUUCUUACAAACAUAAUUUUGAAUUUUUGUGUUGUAAUGGUAAAUUCUGACUCUUAAUUAAGCAAUUUGUAUGUUACGUACACACACAAAAAAAGGAUUCUAUCAUAUGGAUCAUUUUACAUCAAAAAAUGUAUUAUGUAAAUAUUUGCUGUCGUAGUUAAUGCUUUCUUUUCUUUAAAUCCCUUUAAAUAUAUUAUUAUGUUGUUCCAAGUCUGAUAUGAGGCUGUCAUACAUCUCUUUACUUGAUAUUUCUUUAAACUAAACAAAUAUUAUUAUUUUUAAGUUUAAAAAUGUCCUUAUCAAAGCAUUUCUUGAAAGUUAUGUAGAUAUUUAACUUGACUUACUUGUAGGCAUUUACACUACUUCUCUGAAAUUUAAGGUCUGAGUUACCUGAAUUGCCCACAGUAAAUUAUUGUGCCAUAAACUGACAUGUUUUUAUUAUAUGUUUAUUUGUACAUUUAUUAAGUUAUUAAUAGAUUAAUGCAAUGCUAAUUGUUUUUUUGUUAAUCAUUAAUUUGAGGGUAAAGUUAUCCCUAGUAAUCGAUGUUCAAUCAAAUAGUAGUUUAUGAUGACUUGUGAGAGGUGGUCAGCAUGAGCUACGAACCAGUAAUAAAGAUGCAUUAGGUGCUGAGGUGUGACAUGCAAACUCAUGGAUCACUAGCACAGAACAAAAAUACCAGAACGGAAAUUUUAAUUUUGUUGGUUCAUGGUGCAAAAGUUGCUUAAGCUAAGUAAUUAUCAACUUCUGUUGCACACUUAAAAGUAUACACAUUUCAAUAGGUACCUGCAUCGAAAUUAUAUUUCUUUUGGGUGUAAAGUAAACUUUGAUUUGCCUUAAUCCUUAAAUUUAAAUCUUUUUAUCAAUAGUUUUCAAUAAAUGUUCAUGAUCACUUCUAGCACAUAAGUAAGAAUUGCUUAUCACUGAAUACUUGGGUACAGGUGGACAAAAUAAAAUGUACAUUCUUGUUUGUAUUUAUUGUCUUUGUUUUAAAAAUUUGGUUGUUGAGUUUAGCAAUCUGAGCCGAGUUUAACAAUCUGAGCCGAGAUUAGCUAUCUGAGCCGAGUUUAGCAAUCUGAGCCGAGUUUAGCAAUCUGAGGCGUAACAUCAACUUUAUUUCAAUAUGUAAUCAAGGUAUUUUCUUUCUUACAUCUUUAUGAUAGCUGUUACACUUAGCCAUAGCUCAAACUUUUGGAAUUGUUUUUUUUUUUACUCAAAAGUUUUACCAUAUUCCCAUUAUUUAAUAAAUAUCAUAAGCAUCUUUUCUUAACUCUAAGAAAUACUAAAAUAUUAACAUAUGAUGGUGCCUUUAUUUACAAAAUAACUGCAUAUGUUGAAGGUUCAUUGGAUGCAUAGUUCCCUUAAUCCAACAACACCCCCCCCCCCAAAACCACCACCACCAAAUUGUGUUAUCUGCCAAUUAUGCUUCAAUAUUACUUUACAUUUGUUAUCAAACAUGUUGAAUGUAUCAAAUGGGAUAUUAUAUUUGUAUACCCAUAUUUAGUUGAUAUUUGUUAAAAUCUUUAUCAUAUUUGAAAAACUGCCUCAUCAUUAAUAAGAGUUCUUGAAUUUGAAUAAAACUAAAUGUAAAAGUUUCAUAAACUAUUACUAUUACCGUUCAACAAAACUUGC